GGUCUUUCACAAAAACAACAGUCUUCACAGCUCAUGAACAGAAUAAGAAAGGCAUAAGAUUGAAUCUAACCCCUUUUUUCGUUCAUCUUUCACCUGAAUAGAAUUAACCUGGUGUUAAUGAUGCUGCAGGUGGGAUUAUUGUUGUUGAUGUCAGGGCUGGUCUCUGGUUCUAUUACUUGUCCUGAUGGGACAAUGUGUUCUGAUCAUUCAACCUGUUGCACGACACUGAAUGGAUAUGAAUGCUGUGCAGUUUCAGAAAAGGAGAAUCUUGAAACUGUUAAGAGUUCAGUGAUCCGCUGUGACCGUACACAUUACUGCCCUGAGAAGACAACCUGCUGCAACAAGUCUGGCACUUGGGCUUGCUGUCCUUACCCUCUGGCUACUUGCUGUAAAGAUGGUUACCAUUGCUGUCCUCAUAAUUAUACCUGUGAUCGCACUUCUACAAAGUGUAAUAGAGAAGGUCUGAUGAUCCCUUCGGCUGAAAAGGAGUCUGCUAUGACAGAUACAGAUGAUGAGUAAAAUAAUGAAUCGCAGGACUUGUUCCCUUGAGUUGUGACUAUACUGCCAUCUUUGGUCUUGCUGUGGCAUCUAGCUGAAACUGUUCACAGACUUUCUUUAUAUUAUUUUUGGCUUCUUUGAAUUCUUGCUUUCUACCUUGAUGGCUCUAUAAACAACCAAUAAACAACCAAUGCAAACCCA